AUGAUAUUACAUCACAUCAUCAUCAUCGCCAUCAUCAUCAGAUCACCCGCGAUGCAGAUCUAUGACAAUUCUAUACGUCAUCACCAUCAUCAUCAUCAAAUGGCCUGCAGUCUUACAUCCGUGAUGAGUCCGUACAUCAUCAUCAUCAUCAGAAGCAGCAUCAGAAGUAGCAGCAAAUCGCCUGAACUCCUGAUUACUUUCUCUUCUUUUGAUCUAUCUAUCUAUCUAUCUAUCUAUCUAUCUAUCUAUCUAUCUAUCUAUCUAUCUAUCUAUCUAUUUUCAUGUCUCUAUCUAUCUAUCUAUUUUCAUGUAUCUAUCUAUCUAUCUAUCUAUUUUCAUGUCUCUAUCUAUCUAUCUAUCUAUUUUCAUAUAAAUAUUCUUUAUCAUUUUCUAAUUCGUUCUUUCGUUCUUUAUCUAUCUACAUUGAUACAGCAUCGAUAUAUUAUUCCUCUUUAUUCUGUUUCUCUCUUUCUUUUCUUCUUUUCAGUUGUGUAUCUCUUAGAGACUUCCACCUUGCAACCGAAAAGCAACGACUCCAAUCCCACAACUGGCUACGGUCUACCCAUCUAUCGUUGUGAUGCAUGCAGACUCUUUCGUCCCCGACUGGCAUAUCUCUAUGCUGGUUAUAGACUGAAAACAAUCGAUAUCGACCAGCGCAGUGACGGUUCUGCAAUGAACCUGGAUUCCGAUCACAGGUAG